CGUUGACGAGGCGCGGCAGCGGCGGCGCGACGCCAUCUCUGCGGGGAUCAGUCAGCGAUAGGCCGCACACCCCGUCGAGCGCGCUUGCGCGCAUGGAGAUUUCGGGUGCCGGGCUGGGGUCGCCCGGAUCCCCGACGCCGCGCAGACGAGAGGUCAUCAACCUCUGCUCGUCCCCUUCGCCACAGGCGUCGCCUAUUGGAUGGGGCGAUGCUGUGCUCGAGUUCGAGCCGAGUCCGGAUUGGGAGUAUUUCAGCCCGCCACCUAGCCCUCUGGACGUUCUGGACGGUGAGAGCGUGGGAAGCGCCGCGCCGUCGGUGUCCAGGAGCGAUGCGGGUAUCGCGUCUGAUAGUGACUGGGGUGGGGAUGCGGUGCUGGUGUGGGACGGGGAGGAAGUUCUGGAGCAGGAAGAUGACGAGGGGCUAGACGAGGACGAGGGUGAAGACGAGGAUGAUGAUGAUGAAGAUGGGGAGCUCGGCGAGGACGAUUACGAGGUGCACGACAUUAGCAUCAGCGACGAGGAGGCGCCGGCUGGUAAGCGUAGCAAGGCGCCCGACUACGGCAGCUGGGACAUUCCAAAGCUGCAACGACUGGUCAAACGCUACGGCUACCGCCCGUCCAAGGACAAGAAAGUCCUCGUCCUGCUCGCCACGGAGUGCUGGGAAGCGUUGCAUCCUACUCCGGUCCAACCGUUGGAGAACAAGGGCAAGGGCAGAGCCCCGGCCAAACCCACACCCAAGCCCAAGCCCAAGCCCAAGACAAAGUCGAAGACCACCGAGACCACCGACGAAGACGACGCAGCAGCCACCGACCAAGACUUGGACCAGAUGUUCUACGACCUCCUCACUUCCGACGAUAUCCUGUACGCCCGCAUCCUCCGGUACGAGCCACUGCCGUUCGACGAGCUUGUCUCCCGCGCCCUCGCGGCCGGCGUCAGCGCACGCGGCUGGAAGCCGCGCUUCAAGAGGUACCUGGACCUCAAGGGCGUGACAUACUUUACGACUGACCCGACCGCACCGCGCCGGCGUUACUAGCGGCGCUGCGGGGUGGGGACGGCGCGGGGCCUGGCGGGGGUCUUGGCGGGGCCGGGGAGGGACUGGCGCCGAGUUCAGUCCGAGCGGCCAACAGCAAUGUUAAACCA